GAGCUGAGGAAGAUGAAGUGACGUAUGAAGAGCUGCUGAAGCACUGUGUGGAGCAGCUGGUGGUCAGCAGUCGGGCCUACACUCAGGAGACGGCUCUGUCCCGUCGGGUCAAAGACUGGAAGGACCAGGUCUGGCCCAAGCUGCAGAUGCAG